ACUUGGGCAUCUGUGAAUGUUCUACGUACAUGGCCAUAUCAUGCGUUGGCUUUUGAAACUUAAUGGUGUAGUAUAUGUUUUUGUUAACAUGAAAAGUACCCAUUUUUAUUGUAGAAAAUUAUAAAUUGUAUAAUAUUAUAAAGACCAAAAUAAAUACUAUAGUGUCACAUGUAGAAUAUAAAAAAUAAAACUUUUGAUGUGGUUUUGUAGUUGUACUUGCAUUCUGUGAAACUAGAAAUAAGAUGUCCCAUGGAUAUUUUUAUUUAUUAAGCAAAAGUGUCAGUAUUGAGGAUGAGUGUGACUUAUUUUCAGGGACAUCACCUGUCACCUAAGCUGAAGUGAUGAAGAGGAUGAAUAAUGUGACAGAAUUUAUCCUCCUGGGCCUGACAGAGAACAUGGAGCUUCAAAAAUUUUCAUUUGCUGUGGUUUUAAUUGUCUAUUUGGUUACCCUGGCAGGUAACCUGCUCAUCAUGAUCAUGAUCAGCACCAACAGGUCUUUAGGAUCCCCCAUGUACUUCUUCUUGUUUUACUUAUCCCUUAUAGAUGGCUGCUGUUCUUCAUCCAUGACCCCCAAAAUGCUAGCUGACAGUCUUACUGUGAGAAAAACCAUCUCUUUUGGUGGGUGUAUGACUCAAAUCUUUGCUGAGCAUCUUUUUGGUGCCGCUGAGAUCAUCCUGCUGACAGUGAUGGCGUAUGACCGCUACGUGGUCAUCUGCAAACCCCUGCACUACACGACCAUUAUGAGCCAUAGGCUGUGCCUUCUCCUGGUGGGAGUAGCCUGGGCUGGAGGCUUUGUCCAUGCAACCAUUCAGGUCCUCUUCAUAGUCUGGCUGCCCUUCUGUGGCCCCAAUGUCCUAGACCACUUCAUGUGUGACUUGAUCCCUUUGUUGGAACUCAUUUGCAUGGGCACUCAUAUCCUUGGUCUCUUUGUUGCUGCCAACAGUGGAUUCAUAUGCUUGUUAAACUUCCUUCUUUUGGUGAUCUCCUAUGUGGUCAUCUUGCACUCCCUAAGGGCCCAUAGCUUGGAAGGGAGGUGCAAAGCCCUUUCCACCUGUGUCUCUCACAUCACAGUAGUCAUCUUAUUCUUUGUGCCCUGCAUAUUUGUGUAUCUGCGGCCAGUGACUACCUUCUCCAUUGAUAAAGCUGUGGCUGUCUUUUAUACCAUGAUCACUCCCAUGUUAAAUCCCUUAAUAUACAGCCUUAGAAACACAGAAGUGAAAAAUGCUAUGAAGAAGUUAAAAUCUAGAAAGGAGAUUACAAAAGGAAAAAAGCUCACUGAAUAAUAGGAAGAAGUCAUGGAUGAACACCACGGGGGAUAUUCAUGUCUGGAAACCGAAGUGGAAAGGGGAAGUUUUGAUGAUUGAUCAUGGCUGUAACUCCCCCCUUUUGAGACUCUGAAAGGUGACUGUCCCAGUAGGAGUUCUUGGAGGCUACAAUUGGAUCCAACCUCGUUGGAUAUUCUUGAA